AUGACUUACUUUCAAGUCCCCGAGACUUUCCCACCUGAAGCAGGCACAACAAUCACCCGCCUCUCAGCACUCGACCCGAAAACAACACCCGAGCUAAUCGAAACCCUUCUCUCCCGCGACGGAGCCGUAGUAAUCCAAUCCCUCGCAUCUCAAUCACUCUGUGCCCAAAUCCGCAAAGACCUCAAGCCUCAUUUCGAUUCCGACAAAGCCGACACGCGUGGAUUCUUUCCCACCACAACCCAGCGAGCGACCGGGCUUUUUGCCCAUUCAGACUCAUGCGUUGAAUCAGCACUCACACCACUUUUCCAAGCUGUUGCGGAGAGGAUUCUCAAUAGUACUUAUACGUACUGGGAAGGUCAGAAAACAAAAACCGUGACGGGGAAGCCGCAGAUUGCAAGUACGGUCGGGUUUCGUAUCAAUCCGGGUGGGAAACAGCAACCCUUGCAUCGUGAUGAUGCGGAUUAUCAUACUCGAAAUAUUGAUAUGCCUGUUAUGCUGGGAUGUGUGACUGCAGUGACGCGAACCACCAAAGAGAAUGGAGCGACAAUCGUCAUUCCUGGAAGUCAUCUAUGGGGACCAGAUCGAUGCCCUCUUGAUGAAGAAGCUAUUCCAGCUGAACUUGAGAUUGGCGAUGCAAUGAUGUUUGUCGGCAAUGUGUAUCAUGCUGGUGGAGCAAACACUACGAAAUACGAAGCCCGAGAGACCGUAGGUAUAUUCAUGUGCAAAGGUACUCUUCGACAAGAGGAGAACCAAUACCUCAUGGUCCCUCCAGAGGCUGCCAAGAAACUGUCGCCUCAGGCGCUGCGAUUGCUUGGCUAUGGGAUGUGUCCACCGGCUCUUGGGUUCUACAGGUACCAAGACCCUAUGCUGUCUGUUUUCGGUGUAGAUGACGAGGAGAUCGUCAUGAGAUAG